GCACAUCCAGGCGGCCAUCAUGCGUGCGUCCCGCUCCGCUCCGGUGCGGCGACCGUGGCAGGCGACAAGCCCCUCAGCGGGGGGCAAGGCCAAAGGCAAGGGCAAGGAGAAGGGCGACAAGGGCAAGGACAAGGGCGUGGCUGGCCCCGCUCCUCGCGGCACUGCUGGCGCUGCUUGGGGCUACUUCGGGGCUGGCACAGACAUGCUCAAGUCGAAGUCAGCCGAGCAGCCCGACCCCAUCGCGGUGCUCGACAAGUCGAUCGGCAUGCUGGAGUCCCUCGCAGACCCCAGCCUCGUGUCCAUCAUCGAGGCCAAGCGGGCGGAGAGGGCGGCCCUUGUCGCUCAGAAGCGGGCAGGCAAGCCUCUGCACCUGCAGCUGCAGGCGCUGGAGGGCAAGAUGGCAGCCGCGCAGCGCAAGCUCGCUCGCCAGCGUGAUGAGGUCGUGCCCGAGCUUCAGCAGCGCCUGGCGGUGGCCCAGCGCAUGCAGGAGGCGGCCAGCAAGGAGCUGGAGCAGUUGCAGGAGGAGAAGGCUCAGCUGGCCAGGCGGGUGGUCGCCGAGGAGCAGGCCCCAGCUGGGGCAGCGGGCCCUCACGGCGGCGGACCACACUGCGGGCAGGCGGUCAUCAGCCAGCUCGUGGCCAACCUGGAGAAGCUGGUGGGAGACACCGAGGGAGACGGAGACGCGGUGCCCAAGCCGCUCGUGGAGUCUCUCCAGAGUCUGCUCAAGCUGGUCAAGGAGCUCCCUCAGGCCGCGGGGGCCCCCGCUGCUGCUGCCGCCGCGCCUCCUGGGGGGCCUGAUGCAGCGGCGGCUGACGCGCCCCCAAGGGAGCCUGCUGCCGAGGCCGCGGCCGAAGGCGGCGGCGGAUCCGUGGAGGAGCAGAAGCGCAAAAGGGACGAGCUGCUGGACCGCUACCUCAGUGGGCUGCCCGAGGAAGAGCGAGCCGCCAAGCGGGCAGUGCUGGGCUCCUUCUACGACCACCUUGGCGAGGAGGAGGAGCUGCACGGGGGCGGCCUCACUUGGGGCGGCGGGGGCGCCUACGCUGGCCAGGGCAUGGGCCACUGCACCCCUGCGGCCAUGGGCAGGCAGCCACCGCCCAUCGGAGCACGACACGUCAUCGCCGCCACCUUCAACGCCAACCUCUCCUGGGCUCGCGUCGAGGAGUUCAUGGAAGAGGAAAUCGGCCAGCUCAUCAAGGAGGGCGGCAUCCCCAUCCUAGCGGUGCAGGAGCACGCGAAGCCCGCCGAGUGGUUCCACGUCACGGCGGCGGCGCAAGAGCGACGGGGCUGGCGAGUUGUGGGGGGCACCCGCCGUACGUACGGCAGAGGGCGGCAGCUCCGCGGGCGUGGCGUUGGUCACACCGCGAUGCCUGAGCCUCAGCCUGGCGCCAGGUCAAGGGCAUUGGCUGGGUGGCCUUUUUUCUCGGUGUACCUGUUCACGGGCAAGCCUGUCACCUGGGCCUUGAACGCGGCCUUGCUGGAUGCCAUCGUGCACUGGGUCUGCCAGAUGAGGAUCCCCUGGAUGGCCAUGGGUGACUUCAACAAUGAGCCGCACGCCAUUCUCAACAGCCCCUGGAACCAGGAGGUGGUAAAGCAGGGUGCGGAGGAGUUCAAGGAUCGGGUCAUUGAUUUCUUCUGGAUGGACGCGAGGCUGGCCGUGAUUUUCUGCCCAGUGAAGUCCUUCGAGAACAUGCCCUACAGGCCGCACAGGCCGACUUGGAUCCGCGCCGACAAACCCUGGCACGCGUACCAGAUCCAGGUCCUCAAGGGCCCGAAGCAGUACCCAAUCACGAGGCCACCUCCUGUCAGGCAGCCCGAGAUCCCGCAGAGUUACCCCAUGCCCGACCUGCUACACGGCUCGCAGCGGCACCUGGACCAGUGCUGGAUGGGUUUUUGCUCUGCUGCUGAGGCCGAGCUUCGAUCGCUGUUCGGAUGGACAGAGUCGGAGGCACGCAGGUAUGAGGGCCGAGGCUUGACUCCCGAGGUGGUGCAUAGACAGCUUCUUCCGAAGCAUGACAGCCCUGUGGCUGAUCGAGGCCCAGCCAAGGCCUGGCGUUGGGCCGCGGGGGAACUGGCCUGGAUUGGCCAACUCGUCUGCUGCGUCUUGCGGGGACAGUCGGUGCCCAAGGCCAAGUCGGAGGCCCUAGCGGGCCAGGCUUCCACCUCGGGAGGAGGGCCUCCUCGAUCCUACAACGAGGAGGUCGCAGGCCAACUCAGGCGAGCCUGGAGGAAGCUGUUCCAGGCGAGGCACCACUGGGGCCAGCUGGGGCUCUGGAGCGUGGGGAUACUGUCCACUCUGCGCGCCAUCGCUGACGUGGAGCCCCACAUCAUCGGUGCCCAGGCCAUCCUCGCGCUGCAGCAGUUCGCCAAGAAGCGGGCCCAGACCUGGGAGCAGCACCUCAUGCGGCAGCGCUCCAAGCGAUUCUAUGAGCGCCUGAGCGCGAAGUUCCCUGGCUCGGGGGGCUAUCUGCAUCGCAUUUGCCACUGGAAGCAGGCGUGGAAGGAGCCCAUCUCGUCGGCCAAGAAGCUGACACUGCCUGCUGACCCGCAGCUCGCGGUCACUCAGGAGGCGCAGGAGUGGGCUAGCAUUUGGCGCGCUGGGUCAGGUGACUACACCAAGUUGUGGCAGGACACCCGGGUCCAGCCACAACGGAUGGCCCACGCGCAGAUGCUGCCUGCCAUCGGCGCGGUGCAGGUGCGCACCAUAUGCCGCAGCUACAAAUGGAAGACUGGGCUUGGGCUUGACGGCUGGCAUUUUGGACACCUGGCCUGGCUCAGCGACGAGGCCUUGCAGUGCCUCGGGGACGUCCUCAUGCUGUGCGAGCGGCUCUGCUCGUGGCCUACGUCCAUACGCAUGCUCAUCCUUUUCCUGGUUGCCAAGGAGGACGGUGGCGGCAGGCCCAUCUUCCUGUUUCCCACGCCUGUGCGCAUCUGGGAGGCUGUUCGGGACCCCUCGGUUCGCCAGUGGGAGCGGGCCCACGUGAGGCCAUGCGACUGGGCAUCACCAGGGCGUAGCAGUGAGCAUGCGGUCUGGAGAGCGAUGUUGGAUGACGAGGCCUUGGAAGGUACCUGUUUCGCAUCUCUCACCGCCUUGAUGGAUUUGGAGAAGAACUAUGAAUAUGUGGCGCUCAAUUUGAUUUGGAUUCUCGGCAUGGUGCAGCAAGCACCCAUGAGCGUGUUGGCCCUUUCCCUGGAGUCGUACGCCUUCCCUCGAGCGGUACGUAAGGGCCAAGCCGUCGCCGACCUCAUCUGCACCCAUGUUGGCUUGCCCGCUGGAUCGAAGUACGCCAAUCGCUUCCUGAAGAUGGUGCUGUAUCCUAUCCUGGAUGUCGUGGCCCGCUGGCCAGGGACCAAGCUGGAGAUCACGAAGUUUGUUGACGACUUGGCGCUGCGAAUGGUGGGCAGGAGCGUACAGUUGAGGGCGAUCUUUCCCGACCUGGCCCGCGCUCUCAUCCACCUUCUGGAGUCGCUGCUUCAGCUCAAGGUCUCGAAGGGUGAGAGAGGCAAGUCUAAGUUCGUUUCCAGCGACGGCGCAUUGGCACAGGAGCUGACACAGGCCAUGGCGGACAUCGGCCUACAGCACGGUGAGAGCGAGCGCUGGCUGGGAGUUGACUACCAACCUCAGGGCCCUCGGAAGAAGGCCACCAGAUCCAGACGGGCCCAGACGGCCCGAGGCCGCUGGUGCAAGGCGGCGGCUCUCAAGCGCAGAGGGGUGAGGGUGCGCCCUGUGGUGCAGCAAGGCACCUUGGGCUGGGCGAUUGCGCCGAGGACGGACGGCGCCGAGCAGCUCAGACUUGCCCCUCUGCGGGCAUGGAUGCGCGAGGCCUGGGACCAGCCCGAGAGACGGAAGGAGAUGGCGCACGCUUGGGGCCGCCAGUGGCCCAAGGUGCAGAGGGCUCUCGCCUAUGGCCCAGCCAAGUUCGACGCCUGGAGGAUGGUGCGUGGACCAGCUGCAGCCACCAUUCUGACGGUGCACGAGCUGGGCUGGCACAUGGAGGACGCCUGGACCAUCCUCGACGGCGCCCACGACAAGUGCGACAUUCGCGAAGUCGCCCCCCUCGAGAUCCUACGUGCCGCAGAGAGGGCGAUCGCGAAGAAGAAGCUCAUGGACUGGGCGUUAGCGGGCGAGGUGCGCCAGCCGCUCCGACCCACCCCCUUCCUGCUGCCAGUCAAGCAGCUCAUGCGCUCUAAGACCACGGAGACCUGGACGAGGCACCACAUUAACAGUGCUAGGACGGUUGCGCUUGGGGGCUACCCCACGCAGACGGCGUGCUACGAGCGCGGCCAGGUCACCAGCCCGAUGUGCCCAUUGUGCGGCAAGAAGAAGGGCACUUCGAUGCACGUGUAUUUUCUUUGUGAUGCAGACGUUUGCGUCACGAUUCGGGAUGGCCUCACCGAGCCGACCCUCAAGAACAGUUUUCGGGACGUGGUGCAUUUGGGCGAGAUGGCGGCCACGAAGGAGGAGCAGGGCUGCAGAGGCGGCGACGCGCUCUUCUGGAAAUGGGCCCGCGGCCUGAUCGCAGACCCCGUCGCCGAGUACCAGGUGCCCACGCCGCCCGGCGAGUACCAGUGGGGCGAUCCCGACGGCGAGAUGAUGCUGUCGGGCUGGGUGGCCACGGACGGAUGCGUCCUGUCCCCCGAUGUGGGGGAGAUAUCCACGGGAGGCUUCGCCGCCACCACCUGGUGCGAUGAAAAGAAAAGUGAGAUCCAGUCUUUGUUCGGUGCAGUGCCUGUCGCGAGGCCCACGUCGGCCCAUUGUGAGAUUUGGGCUGUGUACCAGGCUGUGAAGCACUCUGUAGGGCUCGUAGGGCUCCUUUUGGACAGCAAGCAGGUUGCCCAGGGGCUCUUGGCUGGCAGAGAUUUUUGUGUGAACAGCGAGCAGAUAACCGCGCACCUUUGGAAGCUUGUUUGGGAUGCCCUGGAAGAUCAGGGCCUUGUCCCAGGUGAGUCCCUUCAAGUUGUCAAGAUUAAGUCUCGCAUGACCAAGAAGCUGCUGCGGGAAUGCGAGGGCCCGUUGACGAAGGGUAUUGCCGCCCAUCGGUGGCGGAGGCUCUAUCGUGACCGUAUCCUGGACGGUAAGAACCCGUACACGGGAAAGCCCGUGCGCGAGCAGGAUUGA